AUGACAGACAAACAAAACACCCAGUCUGUGAACAACAACAUGACCGAGAACAUAGUUUCGGUCCUUCCAAACAUCUUUCCCUUCUUCACUUUCGAAGAAAUCAACACCAUUCUCCUUCGUGUAAAUUCUCAAUGGUGUCUUCAAUCACUUCGUUUUCUCUAUCAACUUCUUCACACUCCCAAUCGUUGCUGUCUCUUCAACAAUAUUGUAUUUGAUGCCUCCACUGGAAGUCGUAUCUUUGACUUUAACGAUAUUCAAACCAUUCGUGUGGUGUUUGAUACCUUGUAUCGAAAACACUUUCAUUUAACACAAAAGGAUCCAAAACGAUUGACACUGCUCUACACACACAUUCCCAUUCAGUAUCAAAAUACGGAACCUGUCGCACACAAGAAGAAUGAUCUCUCGAGUGAUAAAAACAAUAUUCAACAUUCCGUUGGUGCUAGCCAGACAGCAAAUUCUCUUCCACAGUCUCCUUCCUCUCCAGCAUUGAAACAAUCACAUGGCUCGUCAAACUCUCUGAGUAGUAAUGUUUCCAACAAUAAUAAUUCCAAUUUGCCAAAUUUUGCUCAACAACUCUCAUCGGGAGGAGGAGGAUCCUCAUCGAAUCAACAACAACAAUCGAGUGGAAACACCAAUACGGCACAAGCACUCCAAAACAAUUCUCAAAAAGGACUCAGUGGUGAAGAGGUCACACACAUGUUCCCAUUGACUGCUUUUAAUGACUCUCCUGAUUUGGGAUAUCAAUUCACAAAUUACAGUUGUCUGUACUUGUAUGAUGGUCAUUUUGUCUAUGUCCUCUAUGGAAAUAUUUUGGGUUGUUUUGAUUUAUUGGGACAUGUGGUGAGGUGGAGUGAAUUGGUCGAUGAAAAGUUACCAACUUCACGUCGUGUGAAUUACAUGUUUGUGAAUGCUUUCACACAGACUGAAAAUUCAAUCAUUGUUCAAUUGCCUCAACAAGUGGUGUGUUUCAAUAAGAAGAAUGGAAUGAAAGUGAACUUGAUCUUGAAUGAUCCCAUUACAAAAUUUCACAUGAUUAAUGAAAAGAGAGAACGAGUGUGUUGUGUCUCUUCAUUUACUGAAAUUGCUGGAACUCGAAAGAAUGAACAUUUCGAUGGAAUGUGUGUCUUGAUUGGUGAAAAUAUUGUUCGUGACAAGAGUAUUGAUUUUACCAAAUUGACAAGUAUUUGGACUGAGGAACAAACCAAACAAGUAGGAGAACCUAGAUCAUUGAGAACGGUUGCAAUUACUGGACUUUCACCAAGUGCUCAUGAUUCACAUCCAUCCAAUGCUCUUGUUCCAUUUUCAAUCACAAAUACUUUAACAAAUUCUCGUGAUGCUCAACAUGUGAUUGUUUCACCUGUCACGAGUAGUGAAAUUACUCAAACGACUUCAGGAACACAGAAAAGUUAUUCUACAUCGAGUAGUAGUGGCAGUAACACUGAAACCACUCGAAAAAUACCUUCCUUUGGUUUUGUUGAAAAACCAAAACUAUACAUCUUUGAUGGUAACACGUUAACUGUGACUGUUUCAGCGUCAGGACAAUCCAGAGAUCGUCAAAUGUUGUUCAGACCAAAGAAAUCUCCUGUUUUCUGUAUAUUGAAUGAAUACGAAGGAGAAAUGAGAGUUGUGAACAGAGAAGGAAAGAGAACUCAUAUUAUUAAUUUGAAAAAGAUUUGUGGUGACCCCAAGUCAAAACAAUUGAAACAAUUACAAUUUAAAGAAAUCUCAAAUUGGCAUUUCAUUGUUGGAGAAAACCCAGAUCUUGCAAUUAUUCAACCAGAUAUUGGGCGAAUUUUACAAUUGAAAGAAUUACUUCCAUCUGAAAUGUCACCUGACAAGGUUUUCAUUGUUGAAAAACAAACUAGUGAAACUAGACCAGGAAUUUCAAGAUUGGACGGUAUUGUCACGAUUCAGAAAGACGAGAAAUUAAUUUCCUAUUAUGAAUUUAUUGAAAACAGAUCAAACAUGUUAGGAGGAUCAUUCCAAUUGAAAUGGAGCCAAACACUAUCAUGGAAGAAGGAUGCUCAAUUCAUGUUUGAGUUUUCACACAUUCAACAUGCAAUUUCUGAACCUCUUUGUCCAAACUCCAAUGAAGAAUCAAGAGUACUUGUAUUUUCUAGACAAGUCAUUGAUCAACGUAGAUUCCUCACCAUUCAACAACGUUUGGAUGUUCAACUAAUUGCUUUUAACAUGAAAGAUGGAUCCAUUAGAUGGCAAAAAGUACACGAAUGUUAUCACGGAAGUGGAGGCGAUUUAUCAGAAGCUGAAAAAGGAUUUGACCUUUCAUUUUGUAAACGUUUCACAUGCAAGAAGGGUGACGACAAACUUUUCAUUACCAAUCCUCAAUUAUGUCUUGUAAGAUCCUUCUUUUCUCCAAUGAUUAAGCCAGAUAAGGGAGUUGCAAUUUGUUCUGCCUACAAACUUGAAGAUGGAGAAAUUCUAUGGAGUUACAAUGAAAAGAGAAAAGGUGUCAGAAUGGCCGAUGAUUACAUUUUCAAUGUGGAACAACAAAAAGGACAAAACAACAACCAAGCGAAUAAUGCUGAAGAAUCGGAGGAUGGAAAUGAUUCUGAUUCGGAAGGUGGUGACAAUGAUGGAAAGAAGAAGAAUGGAGGAAAGAAUGCGAAACACAAUAACAAUAAGGAUUGUAUGGUCAUGUAA